AUGAGCACGGGAGGAUCCGGCUCGGGCGUGUGCUUCGGCCCGCGGGACACCGACAAGCCCUUCGCCGACUCGGAGCGGGCACAGAAAUGGCGCCUGUCGUUGGCCUCCCUGCUCUUCUUCACCGUCCUGCUCUCCGACCACCUGUGGCUCUGCGUUGAGGCCAGGCAAGUCGCCGCUGGGCGCCAUCGGGACCGGGAGCGCCGCGCGGAGCCGGGCGGAGCUCUACCUUCCUUUUGUAAUUCCUAUACGCUGCGCGAGCUCUUCGCCGGGCUUUCUCGGCCGGACAUGCUGAACUGCACUGUGGACCGGGAUCGGCGCAGCGGGGAGGAGGAGGAUUGGCUUCGCUCCUGCCGCCGCUGCGUCCUGGUUUACCAGAGGUACGAUCGGCAAGCUCAGGACCGCUACCGGGAGUUCGAGCUCGUGCUCCAGAAAUACCUGCAGGCGGAGGAGUACUCGGUGAAAUCCGGUCCGGAGGAUUGCAAGACUGUCUACAAGGCCUGGCUCUGUUCCCAGUAUUUUGAAGUCACACAGUCUCAUUGCAACAACACAAUUCCUUGCAAGCAAUACUGUUUGGAAGUUCAGACAAGGUGUCCAUUUAUAUUACCAGACAAUGAUGAUGUCAUCUAUGGAGGGUUAUCCAGUUUCAUCUGUACAGGGCUCUAUGACAAUUACCCAACCAAUGCAGAACCAGAAUGCUGUGAUGUCAGAUGGGGACUCUUAUCCGAUAACCAAUCCAAAGGGACUAUAAAAACAAGUGACUCAAUGAUGUGUCACCGGACAUCACUCACAGUUUCAUCAGCAUCAAGACUGUGUAACAGCAGACUCAAACUGUGUGUUCUUGUAUUAAUUCUCUUACAUACAGUACUCACUGUCUCAGCAGCACAGAAUUCAACAGAACUGGGCUUUGGAGGCAUAACAAAUUUUGAAGAUAACUCCACCAAUGAGGAAUAA